UUUGGAGGUCACAUAGAGUGAAAAGGCAUUCAAUAUGGCGGCAUCAUCAGUAGACAAGUAAUCGUGAUGAAAAUAUUCAAACCCUUUGUUUCUAUUAAUGGGCAUCAAACCCCGCCUGAUAUCCACCUGCAAAAGUGCCACCACUAUAUUGUCUCAUCGGCCUCUAUCCAAGCCCUUUCCACCGCCCUCUCGCAUCACACCUACUCUGCCAUUACCAUGCUGCUCUACUAAAUAUUUAAGCUCUCUCUACUGGUCCACUAACCAUAUACUGGAGCUGAUAAUAUUAUGUCAGGACGCAGGAAAAGACUCGGCCAAAAGCCAGAACCAGAGGUCUCGAUGGAUGUUGAAAACAUUCCGCAGAGGAGAGGGCGAGGUAGGCCAAAACGUGAAACAUUCAAUGUCAAUGAAAGGAGAAGAGGCCUCAGAAUGGAAGAUGGAGGUGAGGAGGAGCCCACGGAUCUUGCAAUAACUAUGGAUACAACUCUCAGUAACUUGGAGGUCAUAGACCCUUCUAACAAACUAACCUUGGACAAUGAAUCACUGGAGGAUGACCCAGAGGACGAUGACCCCGGUGACAUGUCCCAUAUGAUAGACAAUUCAGAGCAAUUAGUGGAAAGAACUUGUAGCGACCAGUCACUGGUCAAGUCUUUGGAUUCUUACAGUGCUGCAACGGACAGUGGUGUAACAUCUCCUGAGCUGAGCCACAGAGGGGUCAGUCCGGGGCAUAUGGGAGGUUAUGGGAUUGGUAUAAUGGAUGAAACCCAGUAUGAGGAUGAUGCAAUGGAUUGUAAUAAUGGUAGCACUGAUCCAAUCUGUUCCCUCUGCUGCUGUGGUGAGCGUAGCUUGCUAGGGCAGGGUGACCUACUGCGGUUUGAACCCACCCCAGGAUUCAACCCUUUUAGGAAACCCUUACCCAGGUCAAGACGGACUUAUGAGGAAGAUGCUCCUUAUAAUCCCCAUGAGAGGAGCCAGAAGCAUCUUACGUGGAGACGAGCUCGGGGACCCCCAAAGACUCAUAAACAUGGACAGGGGGAUAGAAGUAAAUCACCUCGUAGGAGUAAUCCAGAUGCAAUGAAGGACCCUGCGUUAGAGGGUGUGGAUGAAUUGAGUCAUGUAGGCCAUGCUGAAGAACCCGAUCUCCAUACUCUCUUUGAAUCAACAGGUCACACAACAGCACAUCAUUGCUGUGCUGCCUGGUCAGAUGGUGUUUGCCAAAAUGAGAACUUUCAACUCCUCAACGUAGAUAAGGCUGUAUUCUCAGGUAUCACUCAGCGCUGCAGUUACUGUCACAGGUUUGGAGCCACUAUUUUCUGUGUGGAGCAAGGCUGUAACAGGGUGUAUCACUACCCAUGUGCUGCAAGCAGUGGUUCCUUUCAGGGUAUCAAGUCUCUAAUUCUGCUGUGUCCUGAACAUCUGGAUUUAGCAGAGGAUAGGGUUGAAAUGGAGGAGUUAGAAUGUGCCAUCUGUGACACGCCUGGCAACCUCUCUGAGUCUUUAUUCUGCACUAGUUGUGGACAGCACUACCAUGGCUCUUGCCUAGACCCACCCGUCUCCAUCGAUCCUGUAGUCAGGGCAGGAUGGCAAUGCCCGAACUGCAAGAUAUGCCAAACCUGCAGGCAACCUGGGGAUGAUAACAAGAUGCUUGUGUGUGAUACAUGUGAUAAGGGCUAUCACACAUUCUGCCUGAAACCAGCUAUGAUCACCAUUCCAAAGAAUGGCUGGAAAUGCAAGACCUGUAGGGUAUGCACUGAUUGUGGUUCAAGGACACCAGGUAACGGUCCCAGCUCAAGGUGGCAUCAUAACUACACAGUCUGUGAUAGCUGCUAUCAACAACGCAACAAGGGCUACUGUUGCCCCAUUUGUGGCAAGGCAUACAGGCAUCACACUACGCACAAAGUCAUGGUCCAAUGUCAUCUAUGCAAUAGGUAUGUUCAUGCUGAAUGCGAUGACAGGACGGUUAUAAGCAAGUAUCAACAGAGCAAGGCUGCAGGCCAGCCCACACCGUACAAGUGUCCAGACUGUCGUCAUAGACCAAACAGGGGACUAGAAUUAGAGAGGAGAAGAUCGGCAAGCCCGUUUGAGGAUGGGGCAAGAAGUCCUUUUGCCUCUAGCUCAAGAACACCUCCUCAUCUUCCGAUUCCUGAUGACACCUCUCAGGACAUGUCACUGAGUGCAUCCAGUGUUCAGGAGGAUAGUCUUAGUCUAAGUAGUAUCGACACAGAUUACACCAUGACAUCAGACGAUAAGAAGCCAGAGUUACAGCAGGAGUUUUCAGCAUCAUUAUCAGGAUCUAGUGGGAGUUUGUCAAUGACUUUUGCCUCUGUCACCAGACAUCAUGGAGGAGGUAAACCACUGGAUAGACUCAGUCAGCUGGAGAGGAUGGGGAGAAGAAGAUUUAGUGGAAGGCCAAGGGGAAGAGGCAGUAGUAGCUAUGCAGCUGUAGGAAGGAGGAGAAGGCAAGGGAGUAACGUUGGUGGGAGGAGAGGUCCCAAACCCAAGAUCAAGAUCGCUGCCCUACCUCCUGCAUCACCACCGCCAUCAAGUGAGUUGGAAGUGUUGGAGCCAGUGGUGGUAGAGAAACCUUCAGCUAAGGAGAAGGAUGAUGAAGAUACCUCCAUGCAUAGUACAGUGGUCCUCUUCUCAGUGGAUGACAAGUUCACUGCUACUCAGGACAUGUGUUUGAGCUGUGGUAGCUUUGGCCUUGGAUCUGAAGGAAGAUUAAUAACAUGUUCACAAUGCGGCCAAUGUUAUCAUCCGUACUGUGUCAACAUAAAGAUCACGAAGGUUGUAUUAUCGAAGGGCUGGAGGUGUUUAGACUGUACUGUGUGUGAAGGAUGUGGCAAGUCAAGCGAUGAAGCUAGGUUAUUACUGUGUGAUGACUGUGAUAUCAGCUAUCACACGUACUGCUUGGAUCCACCGCUGCAGACUGUGCCGAAAGGUGGAUGGAAAUGCAAAUGGUGUGUCUGCUGCACUCACUGCGGGUCAGUGACGCCUGGGGUGAAUUCUGACUGGAUGAAUAACUACACUCAGUGUGGCCCCUGUGCCAGCAUGACACAUUGUGCAUACUGCCUCAGAAUCUACAGGGACAAUGAACUCCUCUGUCUGUGCUCUCACUGUCAAAGGUGGCAGCAUUCACUUUGUAACGGCUUAUACACUGAAGAUGAAACAGAGAGGGCCAUGGAUAAAGGCUUUAUCUGUAUCCUAUGCAGACCCUUACUUCCUGAACCGGAACCUCAGCUUCCAGAACCCAGUACAGAGGAACCACCUCCUAGAAUACCAAAACUAGCAAUAAAAGAACCAGAACUUCAUAAUAAAGAGUUCUCUGUAGAAGGGGUGAGACUGACAGAGACAGGCUUCAAGCAGAUCAGUAGCAUGGCAAUGGCUCGUACUCACAAGAAAUCUAAGAAGGUCAGAUCCAGUCUGAAGAUGGGUAGCCUGGCCAUCCUCCGUAGCUUGGCUGAUCCACACUCGGACAUCUCCAAGAUCGCUGAUCAAGAAUAUGACCCUGAAGGUAUUGGAAGAGUAGAUCCAGACAAAUGGAGGGGAGUAGGUCAUGGUGAGAAGAACGAUAGCAGUGGAGGCGAGGGAAAGCAUCAUCAUCAUCACCACCACCACCAUCACCAUCAUGACAAGAAGAAAUCAAAGCAUAGAUCAUCACUAAGGCCAGGUGUAGGAGGUUUCAUUGCCAAGCCCAGGGGCUUUCACUCUCACAAGGAGAACCGGAUGGCAGCUAUGAGUAGAAGUAUGUCGGAAGGGGCUCCAGAUACCAUGGAUUCAUACCGGGAUCAAUCAGAACUUCUCCAGAGAACUCAUUCACUAGGAGAAGAAGGUUACUAUGAAAAAUCAAAGAAGAGGAAAAAAGCCCACAAGAGAAGUCAGCUAGAGAACCAGUUUCCAUCAUAUCUUCAGGAGGCAUUCUUUGGUAAGAUGCUUCUUAAUUCAAGUAAAGAGCAGCCUACCUUCAACACAAAGUUGGAUAUCUCAGACGAAGAGAGCAAAAAGCCAUCUCAGCCAAGUAAAGGUACUGAAAUCAUCAAACUGCCCUCAGCAGACCAGAAGUCAUCAUUAAGUGCAAGCUCGUCUAAACAGACCCAACCCAAUCAAGCAGAGGCUGGUGGAACGGUAGACGGUGCUGCGGGAGAACUCGGUUCUGGUGAAGAUCCCCUCAACUUCUUGCCUCAGGAUGAACUCUUUGGUAUGCUGAUAGGAGAUGGUCUCGGGAAGAAUGGUGAAAACCUGGAUAUUGACAGCAUCGAUGCCGAAGCUACACAGUCUAGUACAGCAGAGUCAAACGCACACACAACUCAAGCCAGUUCAUCAUCUGAUCACAUGAAUGAGCUGGAUUCAUUGCUUUCAUAUAAUUUACACAUUGUUCCUGAAGAUUUGGCUCACAUAGACAGUAAAGAGGUUGAGGAUCUAUUCUCAGGGGUACUCAGUCCAGAGGGUCAUCAUCAAGCUGGCUCCACCAAUACACCAACAUCAGGAGUUGAUGUCAAUUCCCAUUCAACAAGCACAACGACAGCAAGCACAGCAUCCCAACAGCAGCAGCAACAUCAUCAUCACCAUCAGCAACAACAACAACUCCAGAAGCAACCUCUACCGCAUCUUCCUCUUACACAGCAGCUUGUACAGGCUGCUAGUAUUGGACAUUCAGUUGCAAGCCCUGCUUUCAGUCCAGACUUUGCUGAGCCACCAAGUCCAUGGCCUGGAGGGGGUGGUGGAGGUGGGGGUGGAGAGGCUGAUGGAGAAACCCUGUCUUACAACCAGCGCAAUAUCAAGAAGUGGGAGAAGGAUGAACCUCUUGGUCACCAGGCAACAAUCUCACCUGUCCUCUAUGCAAAUAUCAACUACCCAGAUCUCAAGAAGGAUUUUCCAGAUUGGCCUUCAAGAGCGAAACAGAUUGCCAAGUUAUGGAGAAAGGCAGGCUCUGGAAACAAGAAACCAUUCCUGCAACUUGCGAGGGAGAAUCGUGCCGCACAACGCAUUAAGGAAGCCCGGAAGAUCCAUCAACAGAAGCGUCAGAAGUUUGAUGGUGCCAUGGUCGGUGAGAGCCAGGAUGGGUCUGGCAUCAGGGCACCACUCCAACAAGGACAGCAGCCGCAGCAAUUGCAGCAAGGACAACAACCAUCGACAAUGGUUCCUCAGGCGCAACGGAGCCCAAAGUCAUUGCCAGGUACACCUAUGCCAGGAACACCUAUACCAGGAACUCCCAUGUCUCCUGCCAAUGAAUUGCCACAUUCCAACUUAAUGAACGCAAACAACCAGAGCCUGUCUGGUCAUUCUGGACUUCCUGUGCAUAUGCCACUGUCAAACCAAUCACCAGGAGCCAUGAAUGUUGACUCCAUGCCACCAUCUCCUAUGGUAGCACAACCAUCUAACAUUCAUCUUCAGUCUGGAAGGAGUGGAACGCCCAGCGUGUUAGCAGGAAGAUCUCCUCAUCAUUCAGAAGAGAUAAGCCAUGGUGUUGUUGGUGGUGUUAACACUCAUCAGCAGCACUUGGCAUCCCUGAUUGCAGGACAAGGUGUUACUCCUACAUCAUCCAGCAACCACUUGCCUGUAUCAAACAACCAGUCCAUCAUUGAUAGGUUACAGUCUCCAGGAAUGCCUCAUGGUUCUGCAUCACAAGUGCCUCCUGGUAUGGGAAACAUGUCUCCAGCUCAUGCAAUGUCAGUGGGGUCUCCAGCACAUGCAAUGUCAGUGGGGUCACCAGCUCACGCAAUGCCAGUUGAUAUGCCUAUUCAUUCACCUCAGCAGGCUCCGUUCAUGAAAAACCAAGUAUUUCAAGAUGGUGCCAGCAACCAGAGUCUGUCACCUGCAGCUGCUUCUACCCCUGCUGAUAGAGUAGGUUUGAACGAUGGCAACAAACAUGCACAAAAACAGCACAUAAGACAGUUAUUAGUGAGACAGCAGGAGAAACGACGUAUGCGUCGAGAACAGCAGCAAAUGCAGAAUCAGAAUUGGAGUGGGGAAUCACAUCAGCGUCCUCCACCUCCCUAUCCAGCUAAUGCUUCAUCAGAUCAGAUAUCUCCUGCUACAAAUAGUGAGCAAAUGAACUCCUUCCCUGGAACACCUAACACGCCAAGGCCAGAAGCUCCUACAUUCGUAACUCAAAGGUCCCAGGAACAGUUCAAUUUAACCCCAGAACAGACAGAUGAAGCGUGGAGGCCAGGACAGUUUACUCCUGGUCUCCAACGAAGAGCUAGUGAUGGGGGAAGCCGCAUGCCUGGGCCCGGACAAUUCAUUGAAUUGAGGAGAAUAGAGCAAGGAGCAAGAAUGCCAGUGUCAGGGCCAUCAUUGUCACCAAGACCACGAAACAUUGCCCUACUCCAGGAGAAGCUCCAUCAAAGAGCUUUGCAACAAAGAACUGCCCUGGUGGGGUCAAACCCAUUAGAUCCCUAUGAUCAUAUGGUGAGGCAACAAGCCAAUAAUAGGACACCUACACCCCGGCAAAUAAUGACUCAUCCAAACUUUCAUGGCAGGUCACCUAUGAUGUCUCCAAUGGGAGAUCAUCCUGCCCAACAACCUCAUUUGCCAUUCCAACAACCAACUCCUCCUUUCCAAGGUCCUAACACAAACGCAAUUCAGAAUCACCAACCCAGAAUUCAUAAUACAAUACCUGCUCAGCAACCAGUAUCAUUGCAGAGUGACCUUCAUUUGCCACCCGGUCAGGAUCCAACAAUCACACCUCAGCCAGAUGACCAUGAUGCGCAAUUGGAAGAUCUGUUGUCUGGUGAGCUUGAUCUAAUUGACUUUGCAGGAACUGAUUUGGACACUAACAAACAUUCUGCUGAAAACCAACAACUUUUCAAAGAUUUUGGUUUGAGUGAUGAGGCACUUGAUGAAACAGCUUCCACAAGUAACACUCCUAAGGAUUCAAAUUCUUUGAAGGUGGAAAAUGGCAUACUUCCAGCUGCUACAGAGAAAAGUCAUGAACAGUCUACCUCCAUGGAGCCAACUAGUUCAGAAAAAGAAACUGAUAAAGUGUUAGAAGACAAGUCUGUUUCUAAUGAUCUAAAACAGUCUGAAAGCUCAGGUGUAUCUUCGGAUCAAACUAAAGUGGAAGAAACCAAAAGCUCAGAAACAAGCAGUGUACCUGACAUUGGAAGAGACAUUGCUACUGCAAGUAGUCACACUUCUGAAGAGUCUUCUAAAGAUUUGAUGAGUCACAAUGACAAGCCAUCACCACAAUCAAAAGGAAGUGAUCCUUCUGAUGCAGUUUCAAAAGAGAAAACUGGUCUUCAUAUUGACAGUGUAAGUACUUCGGAAUCUGUUCCUACUGUUUCUUUGUCAGCAUCAGCCUCUGUGUUACAAACAAGUACCGUAGUUCCAGUCUCUUCAAGUUCAAGUGAGGCGCCCACUAUAUCCACAACUUCUUUGGGUGGAACAACAAUCAAAAUAGAACCAGUGGACAAUCCUCAAACAAACUGUGAAAAUAAUGAAAUUUCAACUGCCAUUUCUGAUGAGAUGAUAAACACAUCAAGUGGAUCUCAAGUCCUAGAGAAACAACAGUCCAAUACCCAGGGACCUUCAGGUAAUUCUUGUCCAAGCUCGUCAUCAGGGGAAGCGCAAAAAACACAGAACUCUUCUGUCAGUGUGCCAAGAGGGGAUGUCCCAACAAUUGACCAGAUUGCUGCCAACAUUUCUGGUCCUGUGUCAAGCAUUCAGCCAAACAGUACUUCUCAACUGCCAGUUGCUUCAGUUGGCUCUCAGACAGUGGUAUCUUCCCAGCCUACAAAUAGCGAUGGCACUCAAUUACAAACAAGUCAAACUCUUGUAACGAGUGUUGUGAAUGCACCUUCACUUGUUUCUACUAAUCCUCAGAGAAGACCACCUCUGCUCCAUGAACAACCUCUUCUUCUCCAAGAUCUACUUGAGAAAGAGAAGAAAGAGCAACAGAAGCUGCAACAACAGUCUGGGAAUAUAGAAGCAGCCGUCUCUGGAAAAGUAGAUCCAAAAGCCAAGGCCCAAGGCUCUGAUCCAUUUCUGGAUAAUCUUGAUCUUGAAAGAUUACAGGCUGAAGCAAAGAUGAUUGCUAAAGAAACUGAAGAUUUUACCAUCAAACCACCUGGGCCACAUGCACAGCUUCUUCUUGCCAUGAAUCGCCAAUACCAGGUGCAAAUGCAGCAACGCCAUUUAACAGAUCAACAAUCUGGAACCAAUGUGCCACUGAUUCCUCCUGCUUCUCCAGGGUUACGACCACCUAGAACCCCUCAGAGUGUAGAAUUUGGCAGUGUUGAUUCUGUAAAGGAUCCAAUAAGAAGCAACAGCACAGACUUGUUCAAGCAAGGACAGACUGUUCCUCAAGGACUGCAAGGAGUGUCACAUGUAAAUGCUCAUGGACAAGAAGUAGGACCAUUUUCUCCAGGCCACCCACAAAUGCCUAGUUUCCCACCUGGUCCAAGGUUCUCUACCCAUGAAAACAUCCCGACACAUCCUAGUCCAGGACCUGUCUCACCGAUGUCACCAAUGACUCAGAAUCACUUUGGAAUGAGGCCUCGGGGUCCCAUGGUUGUACAGAAUGCUGGAAUCGGGGGACGCCCACCAAUGCCAGGAUCAGGCAUGCACAUGCAAAGUGAUCAGAUGUCAGUGCCAAUGCAUGGCAUGCAACGGCUUCCUGGGCCUGGUCAGAGAAUGGGAAUGCCAGUUAUUAACAGAAUGCCUGGCCCACAGGUUUCUAACUUCAGAUUUCCUGGUAGAUUCAUGUCUCAGAACAUGCAACGAAUGCCAUCUCCAUUCUUUGGUGUGGGCAUGGAUGGAAUGUCACAUGCAAUGAUGAACUUUGAUCCAUAUGACACCACAGAAGAAAAAGCUCCUGAAGAUACCAGUACUCCUGAGUAUGAAGAAUGGAUAUUUAACAAAGAUCGUAAACUACAACUUAGGUUGAAAUUCUUUGAAAACGAGGUUGGUAAAGAGAGAAAGAAGAAGAAGGCUCUGACAUCUAGACAGCGAGCCUGCCGCAAAAACAACAAAGUGUUUUCUGAAAAUGACAGACUUGAACUCGAAGCAGUGCAGCAGAGACAUUCUAAGCAGCAGAAAUAUUUGGAAAAUGUACGUAAGCUGCAAAGGCAACAUGCUAUUCUCCUGCAAGAAUUUCGGAUGAAGCAACAACAGAAACUGUCAUCGAAUCAUUCACCCUUGGGUCAUCAUAAUCCAAUGAUGCCAGGAAUGAUGUCACCACAAGGAAUGAUGAUGCAAGGGCAAGGACCUAACCCUGGCAUGCACAGUCCCAUGAUGGGUGGACAACAUUCUCUAAUAGCUCCAGGUGGGACAUCACCAAAUAUACCUCAGCAAAUGCUGAUCAAUCAGGGAAUGCAGUCUCCAUCUGCCUCAAUGAUGCAGGUGCCUCAGUCUGGAAUGAUACCCCAAGGUCAGAUGAUGGGCCAUGUUUCACAGCAAGUUCCGCAUCCCAUGCGAUCACCAAUGUCUGGGGAGAGACCUCCAUUUGUUGUUCGAUCAGGUCAGCAGUCUCCAAUGAUGCAUGGAAACCAAAUCAUGCAAUCUGGAAAUGGAGGAAUGAUGGUCAUGCCAGGACAGACUAGUCCGAUGGUUUCAAGUUCAAUGAUUCAAGGUGGAAACCAAAUUACCCAGGGUCCAAUGAUGACAAAUAGCAGGCAACCAUCUCCUCUCAUGCCUGGCAGUAAUCCACAGACACCAAUGAUGCCUGGCAGUAAUCCACAGACACCCAUGAUGCCUGGCAGUAAUCCACAGACACCGAUGAUGCCUGGCAGCAAACCUUCAACUCCAAUGAUUCCUAUUAACAGCCCACAGGCCCAAGGUAUGCCAGGGAACAAUCAAACAAACAUGUUACCCGGUGGAAUUAGCUUACAACGGGGUACAAAUUCCCAACAGAUUCCUGUACAACCUUCCCAGCAAUCACCAAUGUCACAUGCAUCUCAUCAGGGUAGCAUUGGUGCUUCUUCACAGCAGCAGUCUCCCAUGGCAGCACAAUCACCAAUGGUUCCCCAAUCCCCAAUGGUGCCUCAUUCUCCGAUGGUUCCUCAGUCACCUAUGGUUCCUCAAUCACCCAUGGUUCCCCAGUCGCCCAUGGUCCCCCAAUCACCCAUGGUUCAUCCAGGACAGCAGUCACCUGUUGUCUCUUCUGGGCAACAACAGUCUCCAAUGAUGGUACCUCAAAGCCAACAGAAUUCUCCCGCCGUUCAAAAUAGCGAGCAGUCACCUAUCACUGCUGGUAGUCGCCAAUCACCAGCAGUGACACCAGGUGUUCCAUCCCCCAUGGUGCCCCCUGGAGCCCAAUCCCCUAUGAUGCCCCUUGGAGGUCAGUCACCAUUGAAGCAAGCUGGUCAACAAUCCCCCAUGGUUCUAGCUGAUCAACAGUCUCCUCUAGUUUCUCAGGGUCAAUCAUCAGGUCUAAACAGCAGUCACCCUUCUCCUAUGAUGCCACCACCUUCACCUAUGAUGACUCAUCCUGGACAGCAGUCACCAGUAGCAUCAUCAGCAAAUCAAGGUGCUUCUGUUAGCAGUCAGCUUCAACCAAGGCAAGCUGGAACACCAAUGCAAUCCCCUAUCCAAUCGCCAAUAUCUGCUAAAUCGUUACCACAACAGCCUCCAAUUGAAAAGCGCAUGCAGAUCAAUAUUGGACAAGACAACAAUCCAUUUAGUGAAACAUUCCAACAGAGGGAGAGAAUGGAGCGGUUACGUGAGCAGCAUGAGAGACAAAGAUUGCAGCUUGCCCAGGAACUAGAGCAUGUGAGAGCUAUGCAGAGAUAUGAACAACAACAACAGCAGCAACAACUCCAUAGUUCUCAUAUGUUCAAUCCACAUAGGCUUCCUAGUCCACACCAAGCACAGCAGCAAGGCAGUGUUGGCCAAUUCAAUCAAAUGCCUAACCCAGGCAUGGUGUCUCCUAGCCAAGUUCCUCCAGUUCAUAGCAGUUCUGUAGGCAUACGUCCUCCAUUUCCAUCUCCACAAGCCCCUCUACAGUCACCUGUCCAAUCACCGUUCCCGAGGGAGCCCCUACAACCUGGGAUGAUAUCAUCUCAAAGUUCAACACCAACUACAGAAGGUUUUCCAAUGCCACCAAGUUACCCAGGAAUGCAGACCAAAGUACAAAAGCCAAAGAAGAAGCGAGCAAAGAAGAAAACAGGUGAUCCUUUCAGCCCAAAUCCAACUACAGUACCUCAAACCCCAGUAGGAGUCCUUGAUGAGAGUGCCGUUUUGGCUGCGAUAGGUCAUUCUCAAGAUAAAGGAGGUAUGGUAAUGAGUGUACAAAAUAUCCUUCAGAAUACUUCACCUGGAAGUGCUACACAUCAAGCUUUGCAGGCCAUUAUGGCUAAUGAUCCACAUGCCAAUGUGGACCUUGCAAAACUUCAACAGAGUCAAGCAAUGUUGAUGAUUGGAGACAUCAAUGCCAAAGCUGCCAAGGAUGGGCUUUUGAAAAACAAUCAAAAUCAACUUCUGAAACAGCUAUUGCAAGGACCUUCAAUUUGUGCAUCUGGAAUUGUGAAAUCAAUACCCAGCAAGCCUGGUGUACCGAAUCAGUUAGACAAAGUCACAGGAGAGACUAGCAAUUCAGAGAAUACACAAAUGCGACAAGAAUUUGAUUUAGCUGUGGAUAUGCAAGAUGAAGAAGGUCCGAUAAAACUGACAUCAGAGCAGCAAAAGCAACUGGAAAUAAUUGAGCAAUUACCUUAUGUUAAGAAAGAUGGAAAGCCUGCUGAAAAUGAUUUGCAAAUUUUACUUGAAAUCCACAGACAAGGGAAGAUUGACUAUCCCCCUCCACAAGAGACCAAAGAAAAGCCCCCUGCACCCCCUGUAGUUCCACCAUCACCCCAACCCACAGUCAAACAGCACAAACACAAGGAAAAGAAAAAGCACAAAGAGAAAAAGUCCAAAAAGAACAAGGAAAGUAGGUUUUCAUCAGUGGAGGAACUGAUGGCUGCCCUGAAGCAGAUGCCUAUGCUGCAGUUAACUGAACCAGAGGUUGGUGUUAACUUUUCCCUCUGCCCUCUCUUUGGAAGUGGAACGGUGAACGGAGGAACCCGGCUACGAGGUGCCUUUGGACAUGCCAUCUUGGAUGGGGUUCCAGACUUUUACGAUCAUCUUCUGUCGGGCUCUACGUCGGACACCAAACUCAAGCUACCCCUUGGAGUGGUGAAUGGUCCCACUUCACUCAAGGAAAUUGGAACCAAAGGACAAGUAGCAGGGGAUAUAGUGAUAUCAUCAUCGCCGGAAUGCGAGGAGAGUGAAGCUCAGGAGCCAAGUAAGAUGAAAGGACUACGUCUCUUUACCCAGGAUGUAGAACAGGUCCUGGCCAGUCAGAAGCGGUCAGGAUCACCUACCAUUCCCAUCAUCAAGCCAACUCCAAGGAAAGCUGAAGCAGGGUCUUUAGGGAAAGGCAACACUGUCCAGGUAACCUUGAAGCUGAUGCCGGAAGUAACACACAAUGUGGAGGGAGUCCUUGCUGCCUUCUCCAAGCUCCUAGGGAUCAAGGAACCAUCUAACUUUGAAGUAGUCAAUGAGGCAGGGCAGAAAGAGAGGAGAGGGAAGUGGUCACAAAGUACAAGUCCUAUUGCAGAUGUAGCAUUGAAGAUAUCUCCAGAGAAAUCUUCUGUCUCGCCUUCCCCUCUCCCACCUUCAGUGAAGCCCAUCAAGAUUACCUCCAAGUCAUCUGUGCUUAGUGGCUCAUUGGACGACCCGAAGCUACACUUCUGCAGGCACUGUGAUGUCCUGGUCGUAGGAGAGGGUGUUCGUAAAUCUGCAACACCUACUGACAAGAAUGUAGUCUUCUGCAGCGGUGCAUGCUAUCUCCAGCAUACUAUCUCUUUGCGGUCACAGGUUGCACGCACUGAAGUCAAUGCAGGACGGGUAGUCAAUCACCGGAGCUCCGACCCUCAGGCCAGUCCGAUGGAUGUCUUGUCACCCAAAGCCAGCAUUUCCUUGCCAACGUCCCCCUGUACAAUUCCAAAGACACCACCUCAGUCCAAGUCAACGCCGAUCUCGCCUCGUUCUCAGCCUGCACAGCCUGUAGUCUCCUCGCCUGUGGCUGCUCAACCUGCGCACACCUCCUCAGAGGGAACAACUGCAACUCCAUCAUCUAAUCAAGAGGUUUCACCAGCCAGGGAAGAGAAGAUGAUGACUGAUGCAGAUGAAUUGAAAGUUACUAUCAGCGAGUCAAAGAUUAGUGAGGGUGGCAGGGAGGAAUUGAGACUCACUCUCAAGACUGGAACAAGGAGGAGACCUGCAAUUGGAGAUGAAAUGCCUUUGAUAAAGAAAUGGAAGAACAUCAAGUGGCGUCGCUGGCAUGGUUCAUUUUCUGGUGGCAAGAAAUACAGACCACCUAGUGAUCAGGAUAUAGGCCAGUUAAUCAAGAAAUUAGGUACUUCACUGAGACCAAGUGAAUCACUGCGAGAUGCCAGGUGUUGUGUGCUCUGUAAUGGAUUAGGAGAUGGAGAGACCAAUGGCCCUGCGAGGUUGCUGAACCUGAAUGUAGAUUCAUGGAUUCAUCUCAACUGUGCUCUGUGGUCCGAUGAGGUGUAUGAGACCCUCAAUGGCUCACUGAUGAAUGUUGAGACGGCCAUCAAACGAGGGCGCACCUGCACCUGCUGCUAUUGCAGCAAGCUUGGAGCCACCAUCUCCUGCAACAAGCAACGUUGCUGCAAUGUCUACCACUUUUCCUGUGCCAUGCAGGACCACUGUAUGUUUUUCAAGGAUAAGACAAUGAUGUGUCCACUCCAUGCUCCAUCUAGACCUACUGAGAGCACCCUGCAGUCACAUGUUGUUUUCAGAAGGGUGUACAUCAAUAGAGAUGAACAUAAACAAGUAGCAAACAUCAUGACGAUGACAGAUCGCAGGUUCACAGUACGAGUUGGUAGUCUUAUCUUCAAGUCUCUGGGACAACUUCUACCUCAUCAGAUGCACCUGUUCCAUUCCCUCACCUCCAUCUAUCCUGUUGGUUAUGAAUCCAUCCGUCUGUACUGGAGCAUGCGUUACACCAACAAGCGAUGCAGUUACUCCUGCACCAUCCAGGAUCAGGGUGGGAGGCCAGAGUUCAGCAUCCGCAUUAUGGAGCAAGGUCAUGAGGACAUCAUCUUCAGAGCAGAUACUCCAAGGAAUGUAUGGUACAAGGUGUUAGAGCCGAUUGCCAAGCUAAGACGAGAUGCAGACAUGCUCAAAGUCUUUCCAACCUUCCUGACUGGUGAAGAUCUUUUUGGCCUUACUGAAGCAGCAAUCCAGAGGAUCACUGAAUCGCUUCCUGGAGUUGACCUUAUCCAGCACUAUACUUUCCGAUUUGGACGAUCACCUCUGAUAGACCUACCCCUGGCUGUUAAUCCAACUGGAUGUGCCAGGGCUGAACCAAGAAGACAAACACAUCUCAAGAGACCGCAUACACUAACAAGCAACAAGACAUCCCGAGGCUUCCACACCACUCUAGCCGGAGAAGUGGCAUCUCCAUACAACAAGCAGUUUGUACACUCCAAGUCAUCGCAGUACAAGAGGUUGAAGACAGAGUGGAAGACCAAUGUAUACCUUGCAAGAUCACAGAUCCAGGGCUUGGGGUUGUAUGCUGCCCAUGACAUCGAGAAGCACACCAUGGUCAUCGAGUACAUCGGCACUCUCAUCCGUAACGAGGUCGCCAACAAGUGGGAACGCGACUAUGAAGCUGCCAACCGUGGUGUCUACAUGUUCCGAAUCGAUGACUACACUGUAGUGGAUGCCACAAGGAGCGGUAACCCCGCCCGCUACAUCAACCACUCCUGCAACCCCAACUGUGUGGCAGAGGUGGUGAACUUUGACAAAGACCAGAAGAAGAUCAUCAUCAUCUCUAGCCGAAGACUGCAGAAGGGUGAAGAGCUGACCUAUGACUACAAGUUUGAGAUUGAGAAUGACCAGAACAAGAUUCCUUGCCUGUGCAAGGCACCCAACUGCCGUAAGUGGAUGAACUGAACUGACACACUAAUUACUGGACAUGCCGAAGGACACACCCAAGGACUUCCCUAACCAUAGACUCUCUGUUGCUGAAGAGGAAGAAGUCCUGGCUCUAGAUCUCAACCAAGCAUUCAGUUCCUGUAAUGCUGAUGCAAGAUACAGUUUGAGGGCAAGAAAUAUCUGUUUUUAGUCAGCCAAAAACAAUCUGAAUGAAUAAAGAAAAGGUAUAGGUGAUGAUAAUAUCUGCAUGACGACAUAUAAGUAAUGAGUAAUCAAACACAAGAUGUAAAACAAACCAUUCUCUAUGAUGUGAUAUUGAGAAGACCCUAACAUUGUCACAUCUCACAUGAUAGUAAAUUGAAAAGAAUUGUGGAAAAGAUGGAAAUGAUCAUUGUGAGCUAUCAUAUUGUUCUUGUAUUAAGAUGUUAAAAAAUAUUCUGAACGAUUCCCCUUCAAAACCUCUCAUAUCCACGGUUUGGUAGAAUAACGGCUGAAAUGGCCCCGCCAAGAAUUUGUGUAUAUCCUAUCCAUGCUUUUUGUAUGCAGUACAUGUGAGUCACUUUUAGACUAUUUCUUCCAAUAUCUAAAAUCAUGAUCAUAUUAGCUAGAAUAAAGCUGCGAGUGGUUUCAUUGCCAUCAAGAUAUUGUUCAACAUUGAAUCAUGGACAUACAACAGAUUAAAUUAAUAAACAUUGUCUAUAAAAUGAUUUAUUUAGUCAGUUAUCAUGUGAUUGUCAUAAAGCCUGUAAUCAUGCAACUCAUUAGACGUUAAUUACAAGUACAAGUUAUAUUGAUAAUUUUGUAACUUCUGAAGGUUUCCAUGGCGAAGAAGAAUAGUGUAGUACACCAUGUAUCUUUCUUGGGCCAACACUUGCCACAAGAAAGAUACAUGGUGUACCGUGAAACCUACUACACUACUGAUAAUUUUAUAAGGAAAAUAAUAAUGUUGAUUAAUGAAAUGUAAAACUAGGGAAUUACAUCAUUCAUUUGAAAUGACUAAUUUGGAGAUUUUAUUGGCAGCCUUCAUUGGCACUCGCCAAUUCUUGUUUUGAAUUUAUGAAUGAUAAAAUCACCAGGACUUUAAUUGCAUUACUGACCAAGCUAAGUUAGACUUCUUGGAAUUGGCACCCUUUUGUAUCAUGCAUACAAGGAAAUCAUGAUAAAAAAAAUCCAUCUUCAGUUUUUAACUCGAUGACAAUAUCCCUUAACAUUUCGAAGCUAAGACAGAUUGUAUCCAUACUAGAAUGCAAACAAAGAAUUGACUAUUUGUAAUCAUGCCAUCCAAUCCUUAAUGUGGUUUACAUGAUGAAUCAUGCUGAGUGUUUUUCUGGCUUUGAGAUUGAUUCAAAGUGUCGUUCAGACCUCUGGAACUAAAUGCUCAAAUGGACUGAGGUAAUCAUGUUUUUGUUCUUGUAAUUGUGAUAGAAAUCAUGGGUGAUAGAUGCAUCUAUAUUUGGGAAAAAAUAGACAUAUUCCACAGUCAAACCAACAAACCGACUCAGAGCCGUCCGUUGGAAGUUGUUUAAAAUAAUGUAAUAGCUUUGAUCAGUAUGGGUUUGGUUUGAUUGAUGCGACUCUAUUACUUUGUUUCAGGAAUGCUUGUUUGGGUUACUAUUCCUGCACCGAUUGGUUGAGAAACGACAGAAUAUGAUACUACAUGUAAUACAAUAUAAUGCUUUUGCAGAAGCAAUGCAGUCAUGCAUCAGACAUCCUUCCUUAACAAAUGAGUCGCAUGUUCCUUACCUUGACUCUGAACGAGAAACUUCCAGGCAUACCGUAACAAAUAUAUAUCACCUGCUGUGACAAUACAUUUGUGACUUGACUGACAUUUGGCAAUCUAUAUAUAGUAUAUAUUUCAAGCCACAGUUUGCAGUGUUUGAGUUCAUAGAAAAGUGCUUAUAUAGUUGCUAUGAUGCAACAACUAUGAUUUUGCGUUUUCAUACGCAACACUAAAUAUUACAUGAAAUAUUCUGAAUAUAUUUUUAUCAUUUACCAGUUUGGAAUUAAAUACUAGCAUCAUACAGCUAUUUGAAUAGAAUAGUUAUUUUGCUUGCAUUCAUGUUUAUGGUACAUUGGAUUUUAUAUUCUAUUGCCCAAUUCUUGGUUUUAACAAAUGGUUUCAAUACACUUUGUCAUAUUUGAAAUGAAGUAUUUGAACUUGUGUGAAUCAGAUAAAAGAGGAAAUUCAUUGCAAAAGUAUUUUGAGAUAAAAUGAGUCAUUCCGAUGUUGUGUAUACUGUACAAAUUGUCUAAUUUCUUCAUUGUACAUAUGUAUAUAGUCUUGUAUGUUGCAUGUAUGAACAUGACCGUUUGUUGGUUUUUGUAGUUUUAAAUGAAAACUAUUUUGAAUAUAAUUUGGAGAGAGAGACCAGAAUGAAAUAUCUAUAGUGUAAUACCAUGAAUUUCUGUAUUGAUAUGUUUAUAAAUAAUUUAAGAAUCUGUACAUAUUUACCAUUUUUCUUGUUUUCUUGUGCAUGGCAGAGAUAUUACUAAAUUGAAUUGUAUAAAAAUACAGUUGUCAACAAAUUUGUAUAGUUUGUUACAAUCUGUGUGUAUUUGCUACUUAUGCACAGCCUGAAAUGGUCUUUUCCUUCCUCUUAUUAAUAAAUUUUAUAUUAGGUACCUCAUCAUUGUGUAAAAUUUUUAAAUUGAAAAUUAUCAUGUUCAUACAAUGACAAGAAAAUGAAUUUUGUAGGCCCUUCUUGUGUAGUGUCUGUGUAUAUAUUCAUGAAAUCUUUGCUAUGCCAGUAUUACUUUGUUUUCCUUCUCUCUGUCUCUCUUUCUUUCUCUGAUGAUGUCUAGACUGAGAAUAGGAAGAUGUUGAGAGGGACAAUAUCAGCAUAUGUUUUUGUUGUCUUUAUUUGCAGUAAUAUUGGACUCUGAUUAAUAGUAUGGUGCUUUAUGGGUAAUUAAGAAAAAAAAAUGUAAAUUUUGUUUUUGCCAACUUCAAAUUUUAGAUAUAUUAUGUGGAUUAUAAUUGUGGCUGUGUUGUAUAUUAAGAUUUUAUCAUCAUUGGGAAGAUAAGAAAAUAGUGCUGCAAUUUGAAGGGGAAAAAGAAAAGAAAAGAAAGAGAGAAUGGCAAAGAAUUAUUUAUCAAAAAUUAUUUUGGUGAUGUAUUGGGUUUGCUGGUGUGUAUAAUAAAUUUUAUGCGCAGGAAUUCAUUAGUGUUUGUAUACAUUAAUUUCUUUCUAAUUUCAUUUGCAAUAUGCUAACAACAAUUGGUGAAGUAGUGUAGUGAUUAAAGAUUAUGUGACCCGCGUGAUUAGAAAGAACACAUUUUUUUAGAGGACAAUCUCUUUUAUUAAAAGGUCAAAUUUACUAGUUUAAAGUCGAGUUGAAUUAAUGGUAUUUACCAAGAUGAAUAUAUAAAACUAGAGACUUUGAAAUACUACAUGAGAGCUAUAUCUGAAAUCAUGAACACUUUCCUAUCUAGUUGAUACAUUAUCUACUGAAUUGUUCUGAAUUAUAACAUAUUGUAUAUUGGGGGGAGGGAUUUUUUUUCAGCCAGGCCUACAUCAGAAACAGUAGGAGAAUGCAUAUUUUUGAAUGUCAUUUAAUAUGUUUGCUCUGCGUCGAGUGUAUUGUAUUCUUAAAGGUAACCUAGCGUUUCCAUCUUUAACAAAUUAUAUUUUAUCAUAAUGUGAUUUCUGAGGUUGUAGAAAACGAUGUGUGACUUGAUAUUUUCCUUUUGACAAUACAAGUAUAUAUAUAUAUAUUUGAAAUAUGGGAAAGGGAGAGAAAAUGUUUAAUAUAUCGAGAAAAAAAAAAAAAAAAAGUUUUGCCUGUAAAUUGUGAAUAUGAUUACAGCAGCUUUGAGAUAUUUUUACCACAUUCUUUAACCCUCCCCCAGUUUACCUUUCUUGUAUAUGACUACUAGGUAUGCAAAUAAGAAAUUUCCAUAGUCUAUUUUGAAAUAGUUUGUAGGUCCCUCUGUAAUGUGUAUAUGUGUUCAUAAUGUUUCUCUUUAGUGAUGUGUCAAAACCUGAUUCUUCAAGAGUUGCGUUUUUAACAAAGUCGUAUAUUUUAUUCCACCUUUUUUCAGUAUAGGUAUUUUGUAAACAUUUUGAAUAUUAAAAAAAGGUACUACUGGUUGAUCCUACAGUGACCCUAUGAUUGGAAUAAAAUCUGCACUUGAUAUUGUUUGAUGGCACUCAGUAACUGUUCUGUAAAUAAUCGUUGAAUUAAGUUUUGUGGGCCUGGUUUCAGUUAUCUCUUCAUUUUUUCUCCCUGCUGUAUUUGUUCUUUUCAUGAUAAAAAUGCAUGUGGUGUAGUGGAGUGUGUUGUCAUUGUACAUGUACUUUGUUCUUUUUUUUGUCAGCAAACGUAUUUGCCAAUAAAGUAUCAAACCUUUCAGAGAAAUAGUAA